UGUUUGGAAAGCGGAAAAGCGGCGGUGGUGUAUUAGUUGAUUAAGCCGUACCGGAUGCUUUUGUAUUGAGAAGCGGCAUUUAAGUAAAAUUGAAAGUUUAACUUUUUUAUUUGUUUAAAUGGCGGCUCCUGGGGAUGCCAAGGAUCUAAAAAUGGACAGAGGAGCUCUGAGUGAGCGUACACUUUCCUCUGAGAACAUUGACAUCGACGAUAAAAAACUGGCCAGUAUCACGAAGAAUCACCUGCAGGACGAUGCAACGACGCUGCCCUUGCACUCACCGUGGACUUUUUGGUUAGACAGAUCAUUACCAGGAACAACGGCUGCAGAAUGUGAGUCAAAUCUUAAAAAGAUCUACACAGUAGAAACUGUCCAGAUGUUCUGGAGUGUUUACAACAACAUCCCUCCAGUCACAGCCCUGCCUUUGAGAUGUAGCUACCAUUUGAUGCGUGGAGAAAGGAGGCCACUGUGGGAGGAGGAAAGCAAUGCAAAAGGAGGAGUAUGGAAGAUGAAAAUACCAAAGGACAGUGCUUCUGUAGUUUGGAAAGAAUUUUUACUCGCUACUAUUGGUGAGCAGUUUGCAGAUGUCUGUGCUGCAGAUGAUGAGGUUGUUGGUGUAAGUGUUAGCGUACGAGAGCGGGAGGAUGUUGUACAGAUCUGGAAUAGAGAUGCCUCUCUUGCUAAUGAAGCAAAUAUCUUGGGGAAGGUCUAUGAGCUUCUCCCAAACGUAACUUUUAAGGCUGCUUUUUAUAAACCUCACAUGGAGCAUCAUGCCUUUGAAGGAGGACGCUCAAGACAUUAGACCACAAUGCACUUUGUUUUUAUGAUCUGACUUUUGUAACUACUUUGGCCUGUCCACAACAUAUUCAAAGAUAUUUGUGUAAUUCUUCAUGAAAAUUUUAUCAAUAUAUUUUUGUAACUCCUCUUGA